CCAUCAUAUCUUAAGGAGCUUGUAGUACCAUAUUGCCCCACUAGAGAGCUACGCUCACUAAAUGCGGGACUACUUGUAGUUCCUAGAGUCUUAAAAAGUAGAAUGGGAGCCAGAGCCUUUAGUUAUCAAGCUCCUCUUUUAUGGAACCAGCUUCCACCUUCAGUCCGGGAGGCAGACACAGUCACCUAGUUUAAGAGUAGACUUAAGACUUUCCUCUUUGACAGAGCUUAUAGUUAGGGCUGAAUCAGGUUCACCUGGUCCAGCCCCUUGAUAUGCUGCUAUAGGCUUAUAGCUGCCGGGGGACGUUUUAGGAUGCACUGAGUACCUAUCUCCUCUUUUUUCUCUCCUUAAGGAUGAAUUUUCAUCUCUCAAUCACACGUUACUAACUCUGCUUUCUCCCCGGAGUCCUUUUGACUUCACGUCUCAUGGGGUCAUCGGACCCUAUGAGACGGCAUAGAUCCUAUCUGCUGAUGGAUCGUCUGGGUCGUGGAAUUCCUGCUCCUGACUACGCCACUGUCCUGUUGAGACUCCGCCCACUCCUCCUCCCCACCGCCAUCUGCCUGAUGGAUCGUGGAGGUCUCCAUCGUGGAAUAUGCCUACUAUGAACUAUUCAUACACUCUGUCAUAUUCAUUGAAUGUAUUUAAACUCUAAAUCUGUCCUUCUGGUCACAUGACAUCUAUUGUUCUGUCCAUCCUGGAGAGGGAUCCUCCUCUGUUCUCUCCUGAAGGGUUCUUCCCUUUUUUCCCCUGAAGGGUUAUUUGGGAGUUGUUCCUGAUCCGAUGUGAGGUCAAAGGUCAAAGGUCAGGGAUGUCUAUGUGUACAGAUUGUAAAGCACUCUGAGACAAAUUUGUAAUUUGUGAAAUUGGGCUAUACAAAUAAACUGAAUGGAAUUGAAAAACAAUCCUGAGCUCCCUGUCUGACCACAAAACAGGAGAAAAUGGACACAACAAAAAUGGCAGCGAACCCCUACAAGCUUGACUCGAAAAUACACACAAAUGGUGGCCGACACUUAGGCACCAGGUCAUGGGAUGGUCAAGCUCAGAGGUGAAGAGAGAGAGCGAGAGACACCUAGUCUGGGUGUAUAUAAGCCCCGCCCACUGAUUAGGUGAUCCCUCUCAGGUGGUGUUGCUCCAGGCGUACCAGACCUGAGAGAGAUAGCUCCACCCUCCUCCUGAAAGAGGGCCGUCUCACGGGACGUAACAGUGUGUGUGUGUGUGUGUGUGUGUGUGUGUGUGUGUGUGUGUGUGUGUGUGAGCUAUAAAAGCAGCUGACCAGGAGUCCGUACAACUGGAGCUUCUUCUCUCGACAUCUUUACAGCGCCAUGGCGACCCUCCUCCCUGCUGCUCUGCUGCUGCUGCUGCUCCCUGGCUCUCCGGCUCAAGACCCCAAGCAAACGCCCUUUUCCAUCAUGGUGAGCAACUCGGUGAAGCAUACCGCCUCGAGGACCUUCAAGGCGUCCGUGUCGCCCGGAGGGAUCCUGCUGGGCGGGAUGAGGAGGCUGCAGGACUCCGAUGACGGCUUCAGGUUCAAGUACACGGAGGACGUGAACUACGGCCCGUUCCUGGAGAGCGUGAACGGGUUGGCCGGUUGCCACGACCACCGGACCUACUGGGAGCUGCUGGUGCAGAAACCCAACAGUCAUGCCAUUCCUCUGAACGUCGGGAUCGGGUGUUACAUUCCGAGUGCGGGCGACGUGAUAAUCCUGAACUUCACAAAGUACUGAGGCCCCGACGAGCCGCUCACCCGUUGGCUCUAAUGGUCCAGACUCGUCCUCCUGACCGCGCGUUGCUCUGUGAUGAUGUCAUGCUCUGUGAUGAUGUCAUGUUAUAAGACACCUGCUUUGUUUUAAUGAUUUAAUGAAGACAUUCAAAUAAAAAAUCUCCUUCACA